UGCCGCAGGGUCGAUCACUGGAACAACGAGAAGGAGCGGCUGGUGCUCAUCACCGACCAGUCGCUGCUCGUCUGCAAGUACGACUUCAUCGCGCUGCAGUGCCAGCAGGUGGUGCGCAUUGCCCUCCGGGCCGUGGACACCAUCUCCUGCGGGCGGUUCCAGUUCCCCCCGAAAUCGCUCAACAAGCGAGAAGGCCUGGGCAUUCGGAUUCAGUGGGACAAGCAGAGCCGCCCCUCCUUCAUACACAGGUGGAACCCCUGGUCCACCAGCGUGCCCUACACCACGUUCGUGGAACAUCCGAUGGCGGGUGCGGAUGAGAAGACGGCCUCUCUGUGCCAAUUGGAGAGCUUCAAGUCUCUGCUGAUCCAAGCUGUCAAAAAAGCCCAGAAAGAGAGUCCUCUGCCGGGACAGGCCACCAGCGUGCUGGUCCUGGAGCAGCCGCUCCUCAUCGAGACCUACGUGGGGCUGAUGUCCUUCAUCAACAACGAGGCGAAGCUGGGCUAUUCCAUGACCAGAGGCAAGAUCGGCUUCUAGGGCUGCAGCGCCUCGGAGAGCGGCUGGGUUGGCACAGGCCUGGGGCCAGCUCGCCCUGCAGCCGGGUCCUUCCCUGUAGGGGUGAGUGGGGUUACAACAGUCACAUGACUUGUAUGCUGGAGGUGGGUGUGGACACGUGGUCACCCGCUAGACAGGCGCAGACUGCAUGCAGCUGUCCCUGCUGGCCGCUGCCACCUCCGGGAGCUCCCUUUGGGCCUCUCCUUCCCCCGCCCCCACCUGCCUGUUAAUAAACGUGCUGUGGUUGCACUGGAGCGUCCGCUGGCCGAGCUGGGCAGUCGUCACCCCAGGGGGCACCACACACAGUGCCUGCGUCACAAGUGAGUUUACACUUGUGUCCAGCCGUGUAUUCAGGCACAUGAUCCACGUUUUAAAGCUAAAGACAAAAGCAGCCAGCGGCCUGGUGCGGUGAGCAGGAGGCAGCUCCCGGGCGGGCGGGCAGCAGCUAUGUGAGCAGGUGUCGGAUCUGAAGUUCACCGGCACCUCCUCGCCCAGAAGCUGCAGUCCCUGCAGGCCGCUCCUUGGUUGACGCCCCGAGCCGUCCGCCCGCUGGGACGGCUGCUGUGCUCUAGGUUCGUGUUGUCACGCUCGUCGUGUCUGAAAAGGGCAUCACUUCGUUUGCUCUUAAAGAAAGCACUUUAACAAGGAACCGUGUUCUCAGGAAGCAGCGCCCACGCAGAUACAGGCUUCGCCAGGGUCUCGCCUACCCACGCCUGGCCUCCUGCCCAGGGAGCACGCCCCCACGGGGACCACAGCCCACCGCCCCGAGCAGGCCCGGCUUGCGGCUUUGACGGGACAUUUGUUGAUAGGCUUGUUGCUACAGCACUAGCUGGCCGGUUCCCUCCUCACUUCCAGUCCUGGGUGGCUGGACUGGGGUGGACGGGACCCGGACGCAGUGCCUCUCGCUGGGCAGGCUGCCUACACGGCCCGGCCCCGAACCUCUGCUUUCAGUCUCACAGUAAAGACAUUGAGAAUCGA